UACUAGCUAGUAAGUAGUCUGGCUAGGUUCGCAGUACGCAGUCCUCCGAGUUCCAGAGGAUCUCCGCGAGACAACGAGGUGAAGCGAAGCGGACAAUGGAUCAAAGCAACAGUUGGUGAGGUGUCCAUUCACUCAGAGGGCCCCUGCAUCGCUCCCAGCAAGUCUUAAUAGGCACAUCACAGUUCAGGCUACUAGUACCCAAAACCCCUUAGCUGCUACCCUUCAGCUUGAUCUUGAAAGAAGACAACAAUAAUGGACUCUCCCAAGAACCAAAAGAAGAGUGACGAUGAUGAAACCAAGCGGUCAGCUGACGCCGUGAAUGAGAGCGUUGAUAAUGGCAAGCAAGGGGAGAUGGAAGAAUAUGAGGACGAAAAUGCCAUCUUGGAUGCCAUAGAAAAGCACUAUGCUACCCAUGGACGACCUGUCCAGGCUUCAGCGUCGUCUCACGAGAGAAAGCCUGGCUAUGAUGCUCAGCAUGCAAAACCCAGCCAAGAUACCCCUGGAGGUACAUGUAGUGCUUCUACUGAUCCUAAUAAGGAUGCCAAGGCCAGGGCUCAGCCGAAUGCCAAUGAUAAUGCGUUGCGGGCGCAGGCAGCAGCGGUAGCGGUGGCCAAUGGGGUGGAUGACAGCGAGGUAGCCAUGGUACCUCGUGAUACCCCAAUAAUGGACGGUCCCUACAUGUACAAGCCAGACAAUGGUGCUCAGGAGGGGUUUGCUCCGGUACCGGUACCACUUCGUACUGGUACGCCCAGUUCCGUACUCCGACCGAGGACAACCUCCCUGACAGCAAAAGAGAGACUGAGUAUCACGAUGGAACCUGUUCACCUUGACGCCACCAUUAGUGUGGGGACGGCAGCAGAUGCCUCCAUCCCCGGCGCUUAUGCCAUGGCUCCUUCCAUGGAACUGGGAACUUCAGAUGAUGACAUUUCCGUGGCAGACAUUCUGAAUGAAUUGCAAAGUACUAACGCAACAGCUUCAGGGGGUCUUGCGGGUCCUGAGGAGGCUACAAACGCCACUGCGGACGGCAACGAAGGCCCCACUCCGCCAGAUGCACCCACGACCAUUGCGGAGCCACCUUCGAUUCACACUCGUACCGGGUCCACAGGCCGCUUGUCCAGUACCUCCUCGACGGCGGAUUCGAUUGACGAGGACGAUGUGGUGGCAAUCAUGGUGGAAGAAGGCACCCAACCAAACCUACAGCAGGCACAACCGGUCUCCCGCAAGCAAGCAAAGGCUCGGACACAAAGCACUCGCAAGUUUUCACGGGCCGUGACAAGCUUGGUGUUGGUUGCCUUGGUGAUUGCCAUUGGCGUCAUUCUGUUGGCAGCCCUAUUGUCCAAUCGAGACGAUGGCAGUACCAAUCAGGGCAGCAGCAACGUCACCAUGGCUACUGAAGAGGGCGAGCCCCACGACGUUCCCUUCGACAGCAGAAACCCCUCCUCCAUGACUCCCUCCUCCGCUCCAUCUUCUUUCUUAGAGAGUCAUGUCCUGGACGCAUUGCUGGAAGAUGCUCCCUCUCUGGAUCAGAACCAGCAAGAAGCCUCAUCAUCCCAACUACUACUACUGACCAACCUGAAAAACUCCUCUUCACCUCAAGCUAUGGCAUUUGAUUGGACCUUGCAAGAUCCCAGCGCCAUCGAAUACCCAUCAUGGCGGACGAGACAACGGUUUGCUCUGGCAUCACUCUACUUUGCGACCAACGGACACAGCUGGAAGUUCAACACCGACUGGCUCUCCUACGACCUACACGAAUGCGAUUGGUGGUCAGAACCAGACUUUGCGUUUUCCGUGCCCAAUUUUCCCGCUCUUACGUACAGCAGUGGCAGUCCUUGUGAUGACGACGACGACGACCGUGUCUACAAGCACAUUUGGCUUUGGGAUAACAACCUCCAAGGGACACUGCCCGAACAAGUCUACUGGUUGAGCGAUUUGCGCAGCAUCAGUGUCUUUCGAAAUCCACUGCUCACGGGCACACUGUCCACGUCCAUUGGCACUCUGAGGCAGUUGGAGGGAAUCACAGCUGCGGCAGCCGGUUUCACGGGGACACUGCCAACCGAGAUUGGUCUGUUGAGUGACAAGCUCACUUACUUUUCCGUCUUUGGCAAUGACAUGAACGGCCCUGUUCCGUCAGAACUCGGGCAACUGAGUGAAUUGGAAAUCAUCAUUCUCGACCAGAACCGCUUCACGGGAACACUUCCGUCAGUGAGCAAUUGGGACAAGAUGACACUGUUGUAUGCCCAAAACAACUUCCUGAGUGGAAGUUUACCCACCGAGAUUGGGAUGAUGCAAUCGUUACAGCGAGUUCACUUGAAACAGAACCAGUUGUCUGGCACGAUCCCAUCCGAGAUUGGACAAUUGGAAUCUCUGCUGGACCUUGCCAUGAAUUCGAAUGCCCUGACCGGAACGCUGUCGAGCCACCCGUGGCCCAGGAGUUUGCAAGUGUUGGAGUUGGCUGGAAAUAUGAUAUCUGGCGAGAUCCCGUCCGAGAUUGGUGCCAUUGUGAACCUGACACAUCUUUUGCUGCAAGACAACCUCCUGACAGGUAUCCCUAACGAGAUCUUGGACUUGGUCGAUGCAGCAGCACAAGAAGAAAGUCCAGCGAAUGUUUCCUACUUCAAAGCAUUCAAUGUCACGGGCAAUCCUGCUCUGGAAGGGGGGGAUGGCAACGAUGCCACCUCCUCCUCCGUUUGCUGGACUCGUUCUAGCUUUUUCGAGUCACCGGAUUGUCGGAAACAGCAUCCGCCAGCAUCCUGUCGUUGUGAUUGUUCCUGCUAGCUAAUCUAGCCUGGUCCGGAGUUGGAAAUCUAACAACGUCCAAAGAAAGCAACGCAAGGCAAAGCAGACUGUACAUUUGCAACCACUUAUCGUAGUGAUACGUUAGGAUAAAUUGAUAUAUAGAAUGGAUUUUUCAUGU